UCUAGUGUCACAAGUCACAACGUCAUAAGCUGUCAUAAGUCACAACUAACCUUUAAAAUAUUUUUUCUGGUGAUCGACUGGGAGUUAAAAAAUUCUUUAAAAUUAUAUUGUUUAAUUAAUAAAUAGUUCUUCGUGUAUUGGAACAUGUUGAAUCAAGUAAAUAUCGAGGCGGUGUAUUCAGCUACAUAUGUAGAAAAUUACUUGGAUUGUGUUGAAAAUUUCCCAGAUGAACUUCAGCGUCUAAUUUCUCGUAUGAGAGAAUUAGAUGUUUACUAUCUAGCUCGUGUAAGGGACGUUACAAAUCAGCAGAAGAAUAUAAAAAAUUGUUCCAGUGGUGUCCAAAAAGAAAGGAUUUUUAAAAGAAUGCAACAAUCUUUAAUCGCAGCUCAAGAACUUGGCGAUGAAAAAAUGAACCUUCUUCAAAAUAUUCUUGAUAAGAUUGAGGUAAAAACAAGAUUACUAGAUCAGGACUUCAAAAAUUUAGAUUUUGGUAAAGAUGAAGUAACCCCAACAGAAACAAAGGAUUUGCAAACCCCUGUUGUAAAUACAUCAGCUAACUCUACCCCAGCAAGUAACAAUGAAAGGUCAAUAAAAAGGGCCAGAAGGGGGAGGACCGAAACCUUCACUACAUUAGAAGUAAAUCAAACUGAUGCACCAAUACCUGAACAUACUUUACGAAGUCAAGCACCGACUACAAGUGUAUCUGGAGGAACAACACAGAAAAAGACUAAUACAGGUAAAAAGAAAAAACGUAAGGCACGCCAAAUUCAGACACAAAAAGAAGAUUCGCCUCCUCCAGAAGAGCAACCUAUCGACCCUGACGAACCAACAUAUUGUCUUUGCGAUCAGAUUUCAUUUGGCGAGAUGAUUAUGUGCGAUAACGAUCUGUGCCCCAUUGAAUGGUUCCAUUUUUCUUGUGUAACAUUAACUACAAAACCCAAAGGGAAAUGGUUUUGUCCAAAAUGUCGUGGCGAUAGACCCAAUAUUAUGAAACCGAAAGCUCAGUUCUUGAGAGAACUUGAGAAAUAUAAUAAAGAAAAAGAGGAGAAGACAUAAGAAAUAAAACUGAAAUUUUUCUUUUGCAUUUUUUUUUUUAAAUAUUAC